AUCGGGUGGAUUAUUUUGGAUGCUCGAUGGUUGUAGCAGUAAAGACAAGCACGCAAAACAACACUGCUGGGUUACAUAUGUGACCAGGUGACACGCUUGGAAUGUGGGCAGGAUGAGCAGCACAUUCGUCACAUUAGCGGAAGUACUGGAGGCCCGAGGGGGGCCUCUGCUGGAGGAGGAGGUGUGGGCCUUGCUGCUGGCCACUGCAGCGUGUUUAGUGGAUGCUUCCGAUAAAGGUCAAAACAAUAUGUGCAAUAUCAUAAGCCCCACCUCCUUGCUGCUGUCAGCUACCGGUAGCUUAGCAUUUAAGAACUGUGGCCUAUCAGAGGAGGCGUCGACCUUCACUGCUCCAGAGAUGCUGCAGGGCCGUGCCAGCUCAACCAAACCUGCCAUAGAGAGGAUGCUAGUGUAUUCUCUGGGUAUGACUCUCUACUGGUCAGUUGAUUUUCACCUACCUCAAAAUCAGCCAGUCCAGUUGAGCGACCAUCUCAACAGCCUCCUCCUCAGCAUGUGUGAGGACGUGUCCCAUCGCAGGCAAACUAUUAGCUCCAUCCUGGAAUCCUGUGAGUGUCGUCAGAAAGCCUCAAACUUGCCACCAUCUUCCGACGUCAUCAGGCAGCUGGUGGAGGAGGUCUUCAGUGAACCCAUGGACCAUAGCUCUGACAGCAGCUUGCCUCUGAGUGGGCGGAGCCAGAUGAUCAGAGAAAGGCUUCAUGGAAGGCGAGGGCCAUUUGCAGACUUCAGUGAAGGUUGUCCAGAAAGCAGAAGAUACUCGACUGACUCAGACUCAAAAUCGGCUGUCCUUCCAGGGUGUUUACCUCAGAGAUCUUGGAAACAUCGACCAAGAAGCUCACCCACACCUUUGUACCAGUCAUCUUUAGAAAGGCUCCCGCGAGGGGCUCGUCACAGGGACAGCACCUGCAGUUGGCUCGGCCGGAGCCCCCACCACGACGUUUCUCCUAAGACACCGGGCAGGUCUCACAGUCCUUCCAUCACCUUCAGCGAGUCCUCCAUCAGCCUGAGCCAGAGGAAAGCUAAGGCUUUAGGUCCAGAAUUUAUCCGAAUGGCUGACGAACAGCAUAUUGUUCUUGAGCUUCCGGGAUCUAUUGUGUCCAGAAAGGGCCGCUUGUGUUCGUCUCAGAGAGAAGUGACGGUGGUGCUGCCGAGCGGACAGUACGUGGUGGUCCGUUGCGAUACCAAGUCCCGUGCGAGAGAUGUGUUUGACAUGGUGGUUGCUCACGCUAACCUAGUGGAGCACUUCUACUUCGGUCUUGCCUUUCUUGACGAUGAUGAAUAUUUUUUUCUGGACCAUGAAACCAAAAUCUCCAAAGUUGCACCGGAUAGUUGGAAAAAAGGGCAAAUACUUUCCUUUUUGGUGUUCCUUCGAGUCAAAUUUUUCGUGGAUGAUAUCGCCUUUGUUUUGCACAGAUUGACUCGCCACCAGUAUUAUUUGCAGAUUCGGAAGGACAUCUUAGAGGAUCGCAUGUACUGCAACGAGGAGACUGGCUUGUUUCUGGCUGCCCUUGCCCUGCAGGCUGAAUUCGGAGAUUACAUGCCAGAGUUGUAUGGAAAGAGUUACUACCAGCCAGAGCACUAUGUGUCAAAGAGAAUGCUUGAGAAGCUGGCUUUGCCCAACGUGAAGGAUGAGCUGCCAAGACUACAUGCCAGGCAUGCUCCGAUGGGACCUGAAGAGGCUGAAACGGAGUAUCUCAAAAUUGCCCAGCAACUACCAGAAUACGGGGUUAUGUUCCACCGCGUGGGCAGAGAAAAAAGGCCUUUGAUUAGUGAAUUGGUUUUGGGAGUCUGUGCCAAAGGAAUCAUUGUGUACGAGAUGAAGAAUCAGGUCCGGAGCGUGACCAGACGCUUUCUGUGGAGGGAAACAGACUCGAUUUCCACUGGGCGCCGCAAACUGAUCAUCGAAUGUGGCGGACCAAGCGGUAAAAAGCACAGUUUCAUAACGGAGAGCUCAAAAAUAGCACAAUACCUCCUCAACCUCUGCUCCGCACAGCACAAGUUUCACAGCGAGAUGACAUCACGACAACUCAACCACAGUAUAAUGCCAGAUGAAAACAUGUCAGUCUAUGCGGAUCGUAACCUGAACCUGAAGCGGAUCUCAUGCUCUGAGGGCAUGCUGAACCACGUGGGUUUAGCCCCGGGUCAACCGGAUCCGCUGUCCAAAUCUUGCGAGGACCUGAGCGCCAAGCUGGAGGCUCGACUCCGCCACCGGAGAGAGAUGAGGCGGGAGAUGAGCAGGGAGCUGAACAAGGAACCUCCGGAAACGGGAGAACUCAGGGAUUUGAAAGAGCGUCCCUACUGGAAUACGCCAGAGUCAAUGCCAAGAAUGAUGUCCAGUGUCUCACUGCAGAAAGACUCGGAUACUUCUUCUUCUAUACGAGUUGACACACCCACUAGGUCUCCACCAGAAAGAGAAAUCAUCUGCGUAAGCCUCAAGAAGGAUCCCAAACUUGGCUUUGGUUUUGUGAUUGUCGGCGAGGACAAUACAGGUAAACUCGACCUUGGUAUUUUCAUUGCUUCCAUUGUACCAGAUGGACCUGCGGACAAAGAUGGACGGAUUAAACCAGGUGGGCGUCUAAUUUCCCUAAAUAAGACAAGUCUGGAAGGCGUGACAUUCAGCGAUGCAGCCGCCAUCUUACAGAGUAGUCCUGAAGAAGUGGAGCUGAUUGUGUCCCAGCCCAAACAGUCUCUGAAAGACAGCAAGAACUCCCUUUGCCAGAGCACACUGGGCUUGGCAUUUGGCUCUCAGACUACCUUAAGUGGCACCGAAUAUCGACACGCCAUGGAUGAAUUAGAGGAGGCCAUCACUCUGUCCAGCAUGGCCACGCCCAAGCAAAACAGGAAGUUUCACAUACCUGUGGUGCGAAUACAUGACCCACAGGACAUGUGUUCUAGGUCUCCCUCUAUCGUAAGUCUAAAAACUGGAGAAAGGUUUAUAGUGGAGCUUAAGAAGAGCGGCGGGAGUCUUGGGAUUAGUGUUGCUGGAGGAAUCAACACAAGUGUGAGGUAUGGCGGCAUCUACAUCAAGAGCCUGGUAGUUGGAGGUGCUGCUGAGCAGGAUGGACGCAUUCAAAUUGGUGACAGACUGCUGGAGGUUGACGGCUACAACCUGAGGGCCGUGACACACCGACAUGCUGUCGAGUGCCUGAAGCGGACUGAGGAGGGGGUGAACCUGCUCCUGGAGCGGGAACCAAAAGUCAUCUUGGAGCCCAGACCCGACUCGCCCCUCUCACCCUCCAUCCACAACGCAUCACAAUCUCAGCCCCCCAGGAACGAGGUCUCCUUGGGAACAACCUUGAGUGGACGAGCCAAGGACUACAGCUUUGUGACUGAUGAAAACACGCAUGAAGUGAUCCUGAAGAAAAAUUUGUCAGGUCUAGGCUUCAGUUUUAACAUUUCCCAACUCAACUCGGGGCAAGACCGUGGCAGCGUGGUCCGUAUCAAGCGUCUCUUCCCGGGUCAGCCGGCCCAUGAGAGUGGUCUCCUACAAGAAGGGGACAUCAUUCUGUCUGUCAACAAAGAGCCCGUCAAGGACCUUUCCUACCAGAGGGUUUUGUUCCUGCUACGAGGAGCCUCUUCUGAGGUUCAUCUCCUGAUCUGUCGACCCGGCUCAGGAGUGCUGUAUGAUGCUGAUGACAAAACACUGAGUCCUGCACCCACCAGGGACCACCGAUCCCGUUCUCUGGACAUCCGUCUCGGGGACGACUACAGUCAGCUUCUUAAGUUUCAAUUUGAUGUCAACAUACCUGCUCCAGCUCCCGCCCUCGAGGAGGAGUUUGCCGACACAGCGGAGAAAAGUCCAGAGCCUCCAGCAGUUCCAAGAUUAUUUGAAGGACAAGAGAGGGAGGUGCAAGGCGAACAGAAGCCUCCAUCUUCACCGCGGGCGGGGUCACCUCCCGUACCAUCUUCUCCCACAUCGCCUCCCACCCCAAUCUCGCCGGCCUCACCCGCUUCUCCCACAUCACCCGUCGCAUCUCCAGUCUGCUUUCGACCAGCUCAUCAAGAGUUGCAGGUGACUGUCGAGAAAGCAGAAGAACAACAGGAAGUCGAAACAAAAGCCGCAAACGAGGAUGGGGAGGAGGCCGUUGCUGCAAAUUCAACCAUGAUAUUUGACGUCUUCCCGAAGACCACUUCAAACUCCGUGUAUGCCAGUGGUGUUCGAGAGGAGGCGGAUGGAAGUGUGACCUACUGCCUUGUGGGAAACGGACUGACCAUAAUGGCGGAUGAGGAGUAUUUGACUAUCAGUUCCACUCUGGAGCCUCAACCAAGUUUUCAGUCCAAUCAGGCCACUCAAACGCCAUCAUCAAACCUCACAAGCCUCAGCUCGCAAACCCAGACCACUUCAUCGAGUUUUUCUCAGACUUCCAACACUCUGUGUGGUCCAUCACAGACCAUGAACACUCCAAGUUUCCCUCCGACUUCUGUCACUCCAACUCAUCUCUCUCAGACUUCUAACAAUCCAUCUGUUACGUUGCCUAGUUUCAGCUCACAGAACCCAAAUACUACCAUGUCGCCUCUUAACUUCUCAUCCGACACCCUGACCACUUGUGCCCUGGCACACCCGUCUCAACCCCUCACGACACAGCCGUCCAAAUCCAAGCAGCACUCGCUGCAGCAGGGACAGCAGCUUCCACUGCAAUGCAAAGCCCUCCCGACAAACAUCAAGCCGGCGACUGCGGGGCUCCCUCAAAAUCCUUCACCUCCGCCGCCAAGCCCCAUCACGACCCAGAUAAUCUCAUCAACGCCUCUUUGUGUCAACGCACCCGCUCCCAUCUUUCCACCUACAAUAGUACCUCAACCCGUCCAGAGUCAUGCACAGCCGAGAGAAGAACCGGAGCAGAGAGAAUUCAAAGAUGAGGAGGACGAUGAAGAGGAUGAAGAAGAGAGUAGGCGAAAGGGAUUUGUAAAAGAAUUUGAGUUGACGGUCCUUUUGACCAAGUCCAGGAGUGGAAGCUUUGGCUUCACCAUCACCCGAAGCAAACUGGACAACUGCUACUACAUCCAAGAAAUACUGGACAACCCAGCAAAGGCAGAUGGUCGCCUCAGAGCUGGAGACCGACUUAUCACGGUAAAUGGACACGAUGUUACCAACGUGGCAGAUGAAGUUGCCAUGACAAUUCUCAGGUCCUCUCCCAGGAGACUCAGUAUGACCCUGGGCAGGGCUGUUACCAACCUGGUAGUAGCCCCUACUUGUGAUAGCCUCCCUGAUAUUGUCCUCUACAAGACAGCUUCAGGACAGCUCGGCAUUAAACUGACUGGUGGAAUUGGAAGCAAAUGGCAGGGCAUUUAUUGUCUUGAGGUGGUGCCAGGCUCUCCUGCCAGCGAGGAAGGCACCGUGCAACCCAACGACAAGAUCCUCUACAUCUGCGGCAGGUGCACUCUGGGAAUGACCUUGGAUGAUGCUGUCAAAGCAUGCGAGAUCGCCCCACGUAAAGUCAAGCUCAAAAUCCUGAGAGAUGACCAGCCAGUGACGCCCAAGGCCAAAUGGAAUGGUCUGUUUGAUUGGAAAAAGGACAGGAAGUUCUUUGCUCGUUUUGAAGAGCCUAUCUCUCCUGAUAAAGAAUCACCUCCGGAAGAUGUUGAAGUUGUCAGUAGGACUCUUAGCAACUUCAGAUGUCUGUCUGUGGCUGAACAGCAGGAUAGUUGCAUUAUGCAGGUAGAGUUUAGCAAACCAGAAGGAGGCGGUCUUGGUUUUGCUCUGGUUGGUGGGACUAAUGGCAGCAUGCUCAGGGUGAAAGAAAUCUGUUCCGGUGGAGUAGCUGAGCAAGAUGGCAGGUUAAGAGUUGGAGAUAUUCUUCUGGAGGUGAACGGUGUCAUUGUGUCGGGGCUGAGCCACAGUAAGGUGGUGGAUAUUCUGCGUAAAGCGGAGGGCACCGUGCAGCUCACCAUCUGCAGGGACAUCCUAACCUAUUCCGAAUCACCGACACCACCCAACAUGGCCACGGGGGCCGAGGCUGUCCUAGCUGAGCAGCCAGCUCCAGUUACCACCUCAGAUGCCUCUUCCUCACCUGACGCCAUGACAAAUAAGCCAGUGGAGCGCCCCCCUGAGCCAAUUUCAGAGUGUGUCUUUAACGAGUGUGGUGUUUUAGUCACGACGCCACCUCCUCCUCCACGACAGCUGACUGUGGUAAUGGAUGAAACGCCAAUUAUUGAGGAGAGCUGUGACAGCACGCCUUCUCAUCAAGCUUGCUGCCCAUCACUGAAUGUCACUGAAAUGUUGCAUGGAGCUUCGGACAGGAAACACACUGUGAGCAAACUGUUGGACCGGUCGUGCAAAGGCAUCCGGAAACCAGAGUCCGAUGGCUGGAGCAGCGAAGAGGAAGAUGACAAUGUGUUUGAUGCAGAUGCUCACCAAAACAGCUCACCACAGAUAGGCCCGCCCAUAGUAUCAGAGGAGGAACUGUCCAGUUUAGCCCUCAUUAACCUAUCUGGAAGCAGCCCGUAUUCUGGCUCCAGGGUCAAAGCCAUCAUCCAGAUUCUACAGCAUCAAUUAGACCAGCAGGAACUGGUCAAAGAAUUCAUGGCUCUGGAGCACCUAAAGCCUUCUGAUGACUGUGUGGUGGGAAAAGCCCCUGAGCACAGAGACAAGAACCGCUACAGAGACAUCUUGCCCUAUGACAAAACUCGCGUCACCCUCGGGGAGAAGUGCGACUACAUCAACGCCAGCCACAUCCGCAUGCAAGCGGGAGGUGAGGAGCUUUCCUACAUUUCCUGCCAAGGACCGCUACCCUCUACGGUGGCUGCCUUCUGGCAAAUGAUCUGGGAAAGCAAAUCGGACGUGAUUGCCAUGAUGACCCAAGAAGUGGAACGAGGACGGGUAAAAUGUCACAAGUAUUGGCCCGAGAAGCCCAAUGAGCCCCUGGACAUGGGCAAGUAUCACGUCCACCUGGUGAACCAACAGUUCUUGGAAUAUUUCCAUAUUAAGGUCAUCCACAUGGUGGAAGCAGAGACAUCCGAGACCCACACUGUCCAUCACCUAAAAUUCACGCACUGGCCCGAUCACGGCGUUCCGCACUACUCGGAGCAACUGCUUCGCUUCAUCUGCUACCUACGUUCGGUGCACCACCAGGGGCCCAUCACGGUCCACUGCAGCGCCGGCAUCGGACGCUCGGGUGUCCUCAUCUGCACCGAUAUUAUCCUCAGCCUCGUCGAGAGGGAUUUGCCUAUUAACGUGAGCAACAUCGUAAAGGAGAUGAGACUUCAGCGGCACGGCAUGAUUCAGACCAAGGAACAGUACCUCUUCUGCUACAAAGUUUGGUUGGAGGUUUUACAGGGCAUUUUACAGCUCCAUGGCACCAAGUGGCAACCAGAAAGUCCCCAGGACCACAAAAUAGUUUGAAUGGUUGUAUUUUGUUUCAAUCUCUGAAGGGAAUUCUUACGUAUUUCAGGCUUAGUGAUUCGCCUUAUGCCUCUCUGAUUGCGUUCAAUGUGAGUUUCUCUGUGGCAUCUCAUUUCCAAAUUGCCAUCGUAAAGAGUAUUAGGAACGCCAUUAAGGUUACGUCAGAUUAUUUUACCAAAGUUUAUUUAUUAUCUGAUUAACUCGAUGAAUGUGAGUUUUGAUUUCAUUAAGUGCAUUCGUACCCUGGAGAGAGCAAAAGGGCAAAACUAUGAAUUGUGUAAAUCAACAAAAGCAAUGAAAAGAAUUAAGUGCCUUGGAAUCGACCCCAGCAGCGACACUGUUGGAGAGCACUCGCGAGACCUUUGACUGAAUGUUCGCUGUUUUUGUUGUUUAAUGUGGAUGUUUGCUCGCUCAUAGCAUAUUCCCGUAAAUUCAUGCAAGUCACAUUGCAAAGAUGCUACACUUGCCCUAUUUUAUAUGAAAUCCACAAAACUGUACUUACAACCCCUGGCAGAUAGCAACAUAACGCAUUUGAAUACAUUUAUACAUUUUCAAUUCUCUCUUUUUGCUAAAGGCUUAAAUGCCCAUUGUUACAAAUGUGACAUUUGGGCUUUUUGGUUGAAUUUGUGAUAAUAGCCUCUAUCAUUGGCUAUUUUAAUACAAAGUCAGCCAUAAUGCAUAAGUGAAUGAAUGAGAGGUUUACACAAUGUACAGUGCAACUAAAUAGCUGUUGGUUUGUACCUCGAUUUUUUGAUGCUUGUAGCUGCUAUAACACGCAUACUGCACAUGCACACACACACACGCCUGUAAAUACUGUUGCGCCGCCUUUUUCCAUGUUGCUGUUCUGUAUAAACGGCAUUGACGAAGAAUGGGGGGUACAAAGUUGACCCAGCAAUUUUCUGCCUUAGGAGGUCAUGUCAGAGUGUCCCCUUUUUCACCACCCGGAA